UCAUCGGUAAAGGACGAUGCGGCUGUGUGCGCGCACACCCUCCCCGGACUCGGUGUCUCUGCAGAGCGGACAGCUCCCCGCUCAGUCCUCCUCCGCCUCUGACAACCUAUUAAAAACGCCACGUUUCCGCGCGGCUGUCGGUGCCACAGCCGCGGGGGGAGGAGGCCUGUAAGCUCCACCGCAGUCCGAGCUCCAAUCCGAGACGCAGCGCUGCGGUUUGUCCGCUUUGGCCAUGGCGCAGCGGAGGAGGCUCAGAUGAAGGACGCCCUGCGCAUCGGAACAGGAAAAUCCUCGACUAGCUACAGAGGGAAGCAGACUAAACCGACCAGGCCCCACUGGAGGUCCCUAAACCUCCCUUUGGGCACCACCGGACAGAGGGGGCGGUGUAAACAUUGACAGGAGGAGCAGCAGAAGCCAUGGCAGACGCGGCGGAGUGUGGGGUGAGAGUGAUGUGCCGCUUCAGGCCCCUGAACGAGGCCGAAAUUACCCGAGGAGACAAAUACAUCCCCAAGUUCAAAGAGGACGACACCGUGGUCAUAACGGGCAAACCGUACAUGUUCGACCGUGUGCUGCCUCCCAACACGACGCAGGAGCAAGUGUACGACCAGUGUGCCAAACAGAUAGUGAAAGAUGUGCUGGGCGGCUACAAUGGGACCAUCUUCGCCUAUGGGCAGACGUCCUCCGGGAAGACCCACACCAUGGAGGGCAAACUGCAUGACCCGCAGCUGAUGGGAAUCAUCCCUCGCAUCGCCCGCGACAUCUUUGACCACAUCUACUCGAUGGACGAGAACCUCGAGUUCCACAUCAAGGUCUCUUAUUUUGAAAUCUACUUGGACAAGAUCCGAGACCUGCUGGACGUGUCAAAGACGAACCUCUCCGUCCACGAAGACAAGAACAGAGUGCCCUAUGUGAAGGGCUGCACUGAGCGUUUUGUGUCCAGUCCAGAGGAGGUGAUGGACGUCAUCGAUGAGGGCAAAUCCAAUCGGCAUGUGGCAGUGACCAACAUGAACGAGCACAGCUCUCGCAGCCACAGCAUCUUCCUCAUCAACAUAAAGCAGGAAAACGUAGAGACGGAGAAGAAGCUGUCUGGGAAGCUCUACCUGGUCGACCUGGCUGGCAGCGAGAAGGUGAGCAAGACGGGAGCUGAGGGGGCGGUGCUGGACGAGGCAAAGAACAUCAACAAAUCCCUCUCAGCGCUGGGAAACGUCAUCUCAGCUCUGGCUGAGGGCACCAAAACCCACGUGCCGUACAGAGACAGUAAGAUGACUCGGAUCCUGCAGGACUCUUUGGGAGGGAACUGUCGCACCACCAUCAUCAUCUGCUGCUCACCGUCCAUCUACAACGAGGCCGAGACCAAGUCCACGCUCAUGUUUGGACAGAGAGCGAAGACCAUCAAGAACACAGUGUCUGUGAACCUGGAGCUGACGGCCGAGGAGUGGAAGAAGAAAUACGAGAAGGAGAAGGAGAAGAACAAGAACCUGAAGAGCAUCAUCCAGAGGCUGGAGGCCGAACUCAACCGCUGGAGAAACGGGGAGAACGUUCCUGAGGAGGAGCAGCAGAGCUCUAAAGAUCAGAGGAGCGGCGAGCCGUACGACAACACUCCCAUCAUCGACAACCUGCUGCCAGCCGGAGGAGGUGUCUCCGUCUCCGGUGACGAGAGGAGGAAAUACGAGGAGGACGUAAGGAACCUGUACAAACAGCUGGAUGACAAGGAUGACGAAAUUAACCAACACAGUCAGCUGGCAGAGAAACUCAAGGAGCAGAUGAUGGAUCAAGAAGAGCUGCUGGCGUCAACACGACGCGACUAUGAGAAGAUCCAGGAGGAGCUGUGCCGGCUGCAGACGGAGAAUGAGCUAGCCAAGGAGGAGGUGAAGGAGGUGCUUCAGGCCCUGGAGGAGCUGGCAGUUAACUACGACCAGAAGAGCCAAGAGGUGGAGGAGCGAAACCAAGCCAACGCGCAGCUGACCGAGAAGCUGCAGCACAAGACGGCGCUGCUGUCGGUGCUUGAGAGGGAGGUGAGUCAGCUGCAGGAGCUUAACGGCCUGCAGAGAAAGCGUGCUGCCGAGGUCCUCAACCUUCUUCUGAGAGACCUCAGUGACAUCGGCGCCAUCAUCGGCACCAGCGAUGUCAAGACGGCUGCGUGCUCAGAGAUGAAGGGGAACGGCUCGGCGCUGGAGGAGGAGUUUACCGUCGCUCGCCUCUACAUCAGCAAGAUGAAGUCCGAGGUCAAGUCUUUGGUCAACCGCAGCAAGCAGCUGGAGAGCGCCCAGGCCGACGCCCACCGCAAGAUCCAGGCCAACGAGAAGGAGCUGGCGUCCUGUCAGCUGCUCAUCUCCCAGCAUCAGGCCAAGAUAAAGUCUCUGACCGACUACAUGCAGAACAUGGAGCAGAAGAAAAGGCAGCUGGAGGAGAGUCAGGACGCUCUCACCGAAGAGCUCGCCAAACUGCAUGCUCAAGAGAAAAUGCACGAGGAAAAGGAGAAGGAGGACAUCGGCAGAGCGGGCGGAGACGAUGACAUCAAGAAAACGCUGGAGGAGCAGCUGGAGAACCACAGGGAGGCUCAUCAGAAGCAGCUCAGCCGCCUGCGGGAUGAGAUCGAAGACAAACAGAGGAUGCUGGACGAGCUCAGAGAUCUAAAUCAGGGGCUGUUACUGGAGCAGGAGCGACUCAUGUCGGAUUACUACAAACUGCAGGCGGAGGAGCAGGACAAGAAUGCAAAGCUGGAGAGGCUCGUGCUGCUGAAUGAACAAAGGGAGCAGGCCCGAGAGGACCUGAAGGGUCUGGAGGAGACUGUGGCCAAAGAGCUGCAAACUCUGCACAACCUGCGCAAACUCUUCGUCCAGGACCUCACUGCACGGGUUAAGAAGAGUGCAGAGCUUGACUGUGAGGAGGGACUCAGCAACAUUGCACAGAAACAGAAAAUCUCAUUCUUGGAGAACAAUUUGGAGCAGCUGACUAAGGUCCACAAACAGCUGGUCCGGGACAACGCAGACCUUCGCUGCGAACUGCCCAAGCUGGAGAAGCGUCUGCGAGCCACGGCCGAGCGAGUCAAAGCGCUGGAGAACGCCUUGAAGGAGGCCAAGGAGAACGCCAUGAGGGACCGCAAGCGCUACCAGCAGGAGGUGGACCGCAUCAAAGAGGCUGUGCGGGCCAAGAACAUGGCCAGGAGGGGAUACUCUGCACAGAUCGCAAAGCCUAUCCGGCCCGGACAUCAUCCACUGUCCUCCCCGAUCUGCAGCUCCAUCAGAGCCGGAGGUGUUGAUAUUCAUAACAACUGAACCCACAACAGCAACAUAAUCCUACGACCAUAAACAACUCAACGCAUGCUCACCACCCCACCUGGAUCCACACAUCCCCUCCUCUUGGAGCACCAAUGGGAGGCCUUCACGACAGACUGUCAUCGCUCGGAGAAGCACCAUCCAAACAUUGUGUAAAUACUGAUAUGAGACAUAUUUAAUUUGCUGAAUGUAGAUCUCAGAGGCCUCAUUUAUAACACAUUCUCUGUUAUAAGUUUAGUUUUCUGGAUCUUCUGAUGGUAGAUUGUCGUUAUUAUGCAACAGAUUAAAAGCUCGAUGUUUAUGAGUGAGGCCCUGAAUCCGCUUAUGUAUUAGAAAUGAAAAUGAAGCUUAAGUUUUAGGUUUGUGCAGCUUUACAGGAAAAGGCAAACGUGUCAGUUUUUAGAUAAGUAUUGAUUCUGCGUUCAUUUUAUGGAUUGAGAUAGUUUAACGUUUUAGGAAACAACUUGCUUUCUUUCCUUUUUCUCUCAGUCGUCAUGAUGAGAGAAGUGACACCACUCGAGUGUAUCUGAUCAAUAUGAAGCUACAGCCAACAGACGGUUAGCUUAGGUUAGCAUAAAGACCAGGGAAUGGCAAUCACAGAGGUCUUUGGUCCUGUACUCUAUAUACCUCUGUGCAAACAGCCACUUGUCAUUAGGUUGGUGAAAAUACACAUUUUUCCCUAGUGAUCCAGUGGUUGUCAGAUGGUUGCUGACUGGUGACUGACGCUACAGCAGCAUCCCUCCAAAAUGGCAGUUACACCGAAGACAGCAGUUUACUAUGGAUAAACGCCUCAUCCCACUCCGUAGCCUAAAUGGCGACCAUUAGGUUGAUAAUUGCUCCGUGCUCUUUAUAGAAAUGCUGACUGGACAGUGUAAUCACUACAACUCAUUGCAAACUCUAGGAAGAAAAUUUAACACGCAUAAUCAGCAAAUUACACCCCAGCUCAUUUACGUCAAUGCCUGAAGAUGAUUUCUGCAGGUAUGCUACCUGCAUAUUUUGGAAAACAUCUACAACUUAUUAACAGAUCCUGAAUUGAAAAUCUCAUCCAUAUUUUUUAGAAGUAUUUUAACUAUGGACCAGAAAAUUGUACCCACCAAAAACAGACUCACUACAAGCUACUAAACUGUAUAAUGAUGGUAUGUGACAUAAAACAAUGUAUUAUUUAUAAUAUAACGGAGAAGAACUACUCUUCCCGCAAUCCUUAACUGAAACAGCGGCAUCUCUGAUUGGUGGAAGUUGCUGUUGAAUGACAUUGACCUUGGAAAUGUGUAAACCCACAAACAUCAGAAUGGACGAGUGGCGAUUCCAGUCAGGAACAUAGCACCAUGCCACAUCGAUAACUUGGCUAUACUCGACUACACACGCACAAUACAAACUACAAACACUAAAUUCUAGAAGGCUGGAAGUCGGUUGCUAUGGAAUCUGGGAUUUGAUUGUAUUAUUGGAUGAGUAGUUCUUUCACUGUUAAAAGUUAUUAUGUACACAGAAGUGGAUCAUCUACUAAUUGGAAGGUCAGUGGUUCAACUCCCGGCUUCUCUUGUGUUCAUGUUAAAGUGUCUUUGGGCAAGAAACAGAACACUGAGUUGCCCCCAGUGCAUCCAUGAGGGAGAAUGCUAGGUUAAAAGCAGUUAGACACAGUGAAUGGGUGAAUGAGUCCCAGACUCCGUACCUUGCUUUUUUUCCCCUUUAUUUAUUUAUUUAGUAGAUCAAAUAAAAUCUGUUUAUGGCCACGAUUUAUCUUGUUGCUGGUUGGUUCAAGGCUUAAAACUCUUUUCUGAAACGUCAGUGGAGAAAAGGAGUGGAAUAUUUAUUUCUGGAAACAGAGAACUUAAAAUAAAAAUGGCUGUUUCACCAUUUUAACCUAAGCUAACUGACUGCAGGAUGUAGCUUCAUGCUUACUUUUAUGGAUGUGAUUUGUAUCAAAGCAGGGCCUUUCUAACCUCGAUGAUGUUGAAGGUUAUUGCUGGAGCUGGGCAGCAGAAACAUGCUUCCACACAACUGUCUUUGCUUGUGUCUUGGUCUUGUCUUCCAGAUUUUAUAAUUUUUGUGUUUAAACUUUUGAUUACAGGUGACAAUAAAAAGAAACCCUUUGAUUUGGUUUUAGAAAACAUGCUCUGGGCUUCAAAAAUUUUUUUUUCUUUUUUUGUCAUUUUGCGAAGAGGGAUCUGCGCUGCUUUAGCUCUUGAGGAACACUGACCAGCCAAUCAGUUGCUCCUAGGACUAUGAGCCUAGUUUAUAGCUCUGGUUUAAAGCUGAUUUACCUUUUUUCUCCCCACACAAUUUCAGUGUCUGGAUCGUUGUAAUAGUCUGCACUCAAUCUGUAAAGUUUCUGAUUGGCCAGUCAGAGUCUUUAAAAACAGAUUCGAAGGCAGAAUAAAGGUUUUUCCCCUCAGGCCAAAGUAAUUAAAAUCUCAGUGGAUAAGCUGGAUAAGUUUUUCCCUUUAGAAAACUCAAAUCAUCAAAACAGCACUCCAGCUUUAGAAAUGAACACAUUUCUCUACAUUGACUUGUGACUUUGUAACUUUCUUUUUUAACGUCAAAAGGCUGUAAUUUAAUGAGGCCUCUUGACCCUUUAGUGGUACAUUAGACGUUUGUGCUGCUUUCCUUUAUGGUGCCUGUUUAGCAUAUUUUUAUAUACAUUAUUGUCUCAGUGUAAAAGGCCCAAUUACAGUUGUUCUUUGGUUAUAGACUACCAUUUUAGUUUCUUUUAGGUAUCAGAGAGUAGCAGUCAUUAAGCUCGAGGACGAUACCCUACAAUCUAGCUUGAUGACUGCUACCCUUCUAAUGACGACCCCUACCCUUUGAAUUAGCUUCUUGACCAGUGGCAGUCAUCCAGCUUGAUGACUGCCACCAUUCGACCAGUCAUUGGGCUAGAUGAGUGCUGCCUUUCGACUGGUCAUCACACUUGACUGCUACCCUUUGAACAUAAGGCUGAGGACUCUGGUAGGACUGGGCCUUAGUUGUGCAACGUGACUUUUGGGCUAGUUGCUUUUGUUUCUGUGGAUGUUGCUGUAGAAUGUUACAAUUUCGUAAUGGUUUAGUUGCAGGACAGCAACAAGCACAGACGACGAAUAAGUGAAUGUAACUGCAUGGACUAGAGCUUGUUGUGUUAAAGGCAUGCUCAGGGAGGGCAGUUUCUAUACAGGAUGCAUUUACCUCAUCAUGUUGUACAUUUUGUUUGUUUUAGCUGUAGCAUCGUGUAUCCAAGUAUAUCUUACAACUGAUGCAAUUAAAUCU